GGAGUUGGCUUGGCGAGUGCCUCCUCUCCCGGUGGUCCCUCCCUCCCGGGCGGCUCCCUGCCUCCCCCAGACUAGCCCCCGCCUCCACCUUCUGCUAGCUCGGAGGUCUGGCCCCAACUAGGCGGCAGAGAAGCUAGCGGUGCACUACCACCAGUCUCUCUCCCCCAACUCCUCCCCCGUCCUCCCGGAGCCCGGCAGCAGUUAGGGGAGGGGGAAACCAAACCCAUCCCUGGUCCUCCAGCCCUCCUCUCCGCGUGCACAGUGGAUCGCACCUUCUAGAGUGUUAACUCAGUUCUGGAGGACCAGCAUUCCCCGGAUCUGCAUUUCGGGCUGUGGCGGCCCCUGCUCCCGGGAUGCGAGAGCCAGGGAUCCGCCCGCCGCUGUAAGCCUUGGGGUGCGCGGAGCUCUCGCCGCCGCGCGCGCUGCCUGAGCCUGAGGACGGGUGUGGAGGAAAGGAGCCGCAGGUUCGGGUAGGUGCAUAGACAGGCUAUGGUGACAGAAGAUGUUGGCCAGGAAGAGCAUCAUCCCUGAAGAGUAUGUACUGGCACGCAUCGCCGCGGAGAACCUGCGCAAGCCCCGCAUCCGCGACCGCCUCCCCAAAGCCCGCUUUAUUGCCAAGAGCGGAGCCUGCAACCUGGCGCACAAGAACAUCCGCGAACAGGGUCGCUUCCUGCAGGACAUCUUCACCACCUUGGUAGACCUGAAGUGGCGUCACACGCUGGUCAUCUUCACCAUGUCCUUCCUCUGCAGCUGGCUGCUUUUUGCUAUCAUGUGGUGGCUGGUGGCUUUUGCCCACGGGGACAUCUAUGCUUACAUGGAGAGAGGCACCAUGGAGAAGAGCAGCCUGGAGUCCACUGUCUGUGUGACCAACGUCAGGUCAUUCACUUCUGCGUUCCUAUUCUCCAUUGAGGUUCAAGUGACCAUUGGAUUUGGAGGGAGAAUGAUGACUGAGGAAUGCCCUCUGGCCAUCACUGUUUUGAUUCUGCAGAACAUUGUGGGUCUGAUCAUCAAUGCGGUCAUGUUGGGCUGCAUCUUCAUGAAAACGGCUCAAGCCCACAGAAGGGCAGAGACUCUGAUUUUCAGCCGCCAUGCUGUGAUUGCGGUCCGCAAUGGCAAGCUGUGCUUCAUGUUCCGGGUGGGUGAUCUAAGGAAGAGCAUGAUCAUUAGUGCCUCGGUGCGUAUCCAGGUAGUCAAGAAAACAACGACGCCAGAAGGGGAGGUGGUACCUAUUCAUCAGCUGGACAUUCCGGUGGAUAAUCCCAUUGAGAGCAAUAACAUCUUCCUAGUAGCCCCUUUGAUCAUCUGCCAUGUGAUUGAUAAGCGUAGCCCCCUGUAUGAUAUCUCAGCAACUGAUCUUGUCAAUCAAGACCUGGAGGUCAUAGUGAUUCUUGAGGGUGUGGUGGAAACCACUGGCAUCACCACCCAAGCACGGACCUCCUACAUUGCAGAGGAGAUUCAGUGGGGACACCGCUUCGUGUCAAUUGUGACUGAGGAGGAGGGAGUGUACUCUGUGGACUAUUCUAAAUUUGGUAAUACUGUGAAGGUGGCUGCCCCAAGAUGCAGUGCCCGGGAGCUGGAUGAGAAACCUUCCAUCCUGAUUCAGACCCUCCAAAAGAGUGAACUAUCUCACCAGAAUUCUCUGAGGAAGCGCAACUCCAUGAGAAGAAACAAUUCCAUGAGGAGAAGCAACUCCAUCCGGAGGAAUAACUCUUCCCUCAUGGUUCCUAAGGUGCAGUUCAUGACUCCAGAAGGAAACCAGUGCCCAUCAGAAUCAUGACUGCAGGAUGACCCUGAGACAGUCAAUCUGAGUUCUGAUGACUGACAGCCUGAGAUAGUCAUUCAUUGAGUUCUGGUGACUGACAGCCUGAGACAGUUACUCAUUGAGUUCUGAUGACUGAAAGGCAACCCUGAGACUUACUCACUGAAUUCUGAUGACUGAAAGACAGCCCUGAACAGUUAGUUACUCACUGAGUUCUGAUGACUGACAGACAGCCCUGAGACCGUUAGUUAACUCAUUGAGAUUUGAUGACUGACAUCUCUGAGACAGUUACUCACUGAGUUCUGAUGACUGAAUAUUGGACUAGCCACCAAGACAGGGCUGGAACCCAGUAUUUGUAUUUUAAUGCACUGAAAAAUGUUCAUAUUCAAGAAAUAAAACUUCCUGUAUUAAUAAACAAUAACACACAAAGCAGAAGACUUAUGGUUCACACUUGUUUCACACACAGAAUGUCACUGUGACAUGCUAAAGUUAUUGUAUAGGAAACAGAAAGUAUUCACAUCUUCAUUCUGAAACACAAUUUAGGAUUGGACCUGGAAUACCAAACCUGGCCAAGGAAUGAGUCUAUCUGAGAUAUGUAAUUGAUGAGAUCUAUUCUGUUUCUGUUGCUCAUUCUAGAACAGCAGGUGGAAUAGGAAGGGGAACUCUCCAAUCACAUUAAGCACCUUUUAUAUACCAACCUUACUCUUUUUUCACGAUGUUGUAUGUGGUAGGAAGCAUAAUGCAAACCUCUGAGGUCUGUCUGUUUCUAAGCAGCAUUUGCUCAACCACUAACCCUAUAUAUUGACUUCUCUGGACAAUCUGUUGGCUAGAACUGGGCAAGAGUCUGCAGAAAAGCCGAGUCCUGGCUCUUGUCCAAGUGAUUCCUCAUCUUCCACUUUUAAGAGCUCAUUCCCCAAGAAAAGCUGUAUCAAAUAUUUUAUUAAAAUGUUUCCUUUAUGCUCA